CCGGGAGGCAUGGAGGCUGGAGAGAGGAGCAAAUCCUAGCAAGAAGAGCUGUCUGGCUCCAGGAUGGUGUCCUGCAAGGCUGUAGCUGUCCUGCUGGUGGUGCACGCAGCUGCCAUGCUGGCCUCCCAGACAGAAGCCUUUGUUCCCAUCUUCACCUACAGUGAACUUCAGAGGAUGCAGGAAAAGGAGUGGCACAAAGGUCAAAAGAAAUCCCUGAGUGUAGAGCAGAGGUCGGGAGAGGUGAGCCCUCUGGACCCCGUGGAGCCCACAGAGGAAGAAGAAAAGGAAGUUAUACGGCUGACUGCCCCUGUGGAAAUUGGAGUGAGGAUGAACUCCCGGCAGCUGGAAAAGUACCGGGCCACCCUGGAAGGGCUGCUGAGCGAGGUGCUGCUGUCCACCCAGAAAGGUGAGGAAACCGAGGCCUAG